GCGGCGGAGAGGCCUGCGCGCCAGGGUGCGGGAGCCAUGCGGCGGGCGAGGAGCGGCGCGGCGGCCAAGCCACGCGGGCAGAAGCGGUCCGGGGUCUCCAGGGCCCCCGCGGCCGCCGCCUCGGCCCCCGGCGCCGACCGCGCACGGAGGCCCGCGGGCCAGGCCGGGGGUGGGAGCCGGGCGGCGGCGAGGCAGCCGUCGGCCAAGCGGCGGCCGCAGUCGUCGCCUCGGGCGCAGGAGGCGGGCCCCGGAGAGCCGCCGCCGGAGCCGCCGCUGCCCCCGCCUCCGCCCGCGGCGCCCUCGGCGUCCGAGCUGGACCUGGGCGAGCAGCGGGAGCGCUGGGAGACGUUCCAGAAGCGGCAGAGGCUCAGCUUCGAGGGCGCCGCCAAGCUGCUGCUGGACACCUAUGAAUACCAGGGCCUGGUGAAACACACAGGAGGCUGCCACUGUGGGGCGGUUCGCUUUGAAGUCUGGGCCUCCGCAGACCUGCACAUCUUUGACUGCAAGACCUGUUUGACGUGGCCCUGGGCUUUCUGUGACGUGCAGAUGAGGACAGAGGGAAACCUAAGCUUCCUUGUCCGUUUCUGCUGCAGCAUUUGCAAGAAGAAGCAGAAUAGACACUUCAUUGUUCCGGCCUCUCGCUUCAAGCUCCUCAAGUUCUCAGGUGACGGUGACGCGGCUGGUCCUGGGACCACACGCUGAGAGCCGCUGCUCGAGAGGAAGGACGGGGUGUGAAGAGCGGAGAAGGAGGUUGGGCCUCCGAGCGGCCGGUCGCCUGGAGACGCCAGGUCCUGGGGGAGAAGCCGGCGCGGAGGGUGCUGGACUCAGCUCCUUCUUGAGAAGGUUGAGGUGAAGCGUCGUGGGCGCCGACAGCGGCGGAGCCGGGGGGCGGGCAGCCGCACGCACGUGUGUCUGGAGUCGUGGGGUGAGGGCAGCUGGGCAGACGGUGCAGCCAAACACGCGGGGGCCCGGGACCCAGCACGUACAGGGAGCGGAGCGGAGGGGCCCGGGAAGGACGGCCGGUGGGGAGGGAGGAGGAGCCUGCAGGGCGGGGUGUCCUCAGAACGGAGGGAGUGGUACCGAGGGCCAGGUUCAGAGGGACGAGAAUCCGGGGGUCAGGAGAAGUAACCGUUAGGUUUGUCACGUGGUGGACACUGGUGAUUUCUCAUUGGGCAGGAAGACAGAAGAAACGAGCAGGGAGGGUGAGCGUAUAGCAGCGUCAUGACGAUGGACCACGCGCUGCAGCGGCAAGCGGGGUGGGGGUCAGGCAGGUGGACGUGUGGACACUACGGGACGGGGUCUGCGUGUCACCGGUGGGCCCUCGUGCUGAAUGAGGUCCAGGAGGCUGCGAGCCGGCUUCUCAGGCCUCCCGAGGGUUUCCUGGGGGAAGGCGUACGCUCAGAUAACUCUGCAAGGUUUGGGACCCCUUGGCUGUUCUUUGCGGCCUCCCUGUGGGGUGAGAAGAGGCCCCCCUGGGAACAGUCUUUCGAUGCAGCUCUGAGGGCCUGUCUCCCGUGGUGGCCGGGGAAGACCCGUAAUAAAGCUCUGACCCUUCAGCCCCCCAGUGUCUCCCUGGAGAGAAACUGCUGCUUUCUUUAAAAGCAUAUGCCAGGAUGUAUGUAUGCUUUUUAAAAAUAGGAGUGUUAGUAUGCUAUACAAAUUGUUUUAAACCUUGCCUUUGCACUUAACUUUGUAACCUUGGAGAUUGUUUCCUAGUAGUAUUUGUAAGUAGAACUGCCUUAUUUUUUCCAAAACUUGCUGAGAUUCCAUUUUUAUGCCCGUCCAUGAUUGCUUUAACCAGUCUUCUGUUGAUGGACAGUUUCAGAGUUUCUAACGUUUAGCCUUUACAAAUGCUGCAUUAACAUCUACAUACAUGUCAUUGGAUAAAAUACGGAAUUUUAAUUGCAGGAUACAUUUCUAGAAGUGGAAUUGCUGUGUUAAAGAAUAUGUGCAUUUUAAAUUCUUUUUUU